AUGAUUUGGAAAUACAUGGAUCUGCAAUCAGAAUUAACGUUGGAAAGUGGAGACUUCCCCGAUGAGUUUCAGGGACUUGCGAAUGACGAUGUUGUAAGACGAAUGCGCGAGUUGGAGCAGGAGCUCUUGGAGUUUCAGGAAUCAAGCAAAGAGCUCGAACAAGCAUUAGAAGAAGAGCUUCAGCAGCUCGAAACGCAAAAUAGAAAAUUGUCACAACAGAUUGUCACCAAGGAUGCUAAGAUUGCAGAUCUCAACGCAAAAGUUGUGGACCUCUCGGCAGAAGUUAACACCUUGACACUGCAACUAGUUGACUACAAACAAUCCAACGAGCAAAUAAUAUCGAAGUUGAAACUGCAACUUGUGGCUGUUGAGAUCCUGAACGAAGACAUGGUGUCCCACGAUAGAGUUCUUGAGCACAAAUUGAAGCUUUCCCAGCAAUUCAACAAUGAGCUUCUCGAAAAGCUAGCCUUGGUGGAAAAUGACUUGGAGAUCGAGCGUGAUAUAAACGCUAAACACUCGCUCACUAUCUCGAACUUGGAGAAUGCAAAUCAGAAGAAGCGGGUUAUGAAGAGAGAUAGCACCUUCCAGGAUCUCACGUUUGCGGAUGGCACGAUCCUAGAUAUUAAUGAGAUGCUAGCGUCGGAGCCUCCCACGAUUUCAGAGACCCGACAACUUCCGAAACUGGGGUCGCUUCACAUGAUACAGGAACUCUAUUCGAAGUCCGAUGCAUUGCUAAGUAAAGUUGGAGAUUUAAACUCGACUUUGAAAUCCUCCACAACCACCGAGACGCAUCGUUCGUCUAUCAUAUCGAAACAAAAAGACAGACUCCGGUCUUUGUCAAAUUCGCCAUCGGUGACCAAUCUAUCGAAACUUCAACGGAACAGCGAAGCCCAGAAGAGUGGAGAGCUCCGGGAAGGGAAGGGCCCCAAAGUGGACGAACGCAAAUUGUCUAGACAGGCAACCAAGACAGGCAGAUUUCGUGAUAUCGUCAAGUACUUUGGGAAGUGA